AUGGAUUGCAAAUUUUCUCCUGUUGGAAUUCUUGUCCUUCUUGGACUUCUGCUGCACAUGCUGGAGAUUCACAGCAUCCAAGCAUCCCAUGGCCACAUUUCUGGAAAAGAUCUGGACAAAAAGAUGGCUAAUGAUUCAGAACAGGCACAGCAAUGCUUAAACUCCAAAUUCAGAGACAUGGGAAACAUACCUUGUGAUGAAGUGACUGAGUCAAGCACAGACACACUACACAUAACAGAAAAAAAGCUGGUGCAAGACUGGUGCAAAAUGCAAGAGUUCAAGCAAACUAUCCAUGAGGAAGGCUGCAAUAACUACACCUUUACAAACAGGUUUUGUUAUGGCCAGUGCAAUUCUUUCUACAUCCCAUGGCACAACAGUGAUGAGAGAGGUGUCUUCCAAGCCUGUUCCUUCUGCAAACCAAAGAAAAUCACCACCACAUCGGUGAUACUGAACUGCCCAGACCUUUUGCCCCCAAGGAAGAAAAAGAAGAUCAGACAAGUUGAAGAAUGUCGCUGUAUGAUUGUAAAUCUGGACUAG